AUGCCACAGCGACAAGGCAAACGCCAAGGUUUGAGAACAAAUGCAACUUUACGACACAAUGAAUUCGAACAUAAAGCAAAUCGAGGUGAUUUUAUCAUUGAGAAGACCAGUGGGGUUCCAUUUUCUCUAUCAAAAUCAAAACGAUGGGAAUUACUGGCUGAUGAAAACAAUCAACUACCUAUUCGAAAAAUGAUACCUGCGCAUAUGGAAUCGAACUCUAGAAGUAGUCCAUUUUGGCACGUAGGAUUUUGUGGUGGACGUUUCGUAGAUUCCGACCGAGCACGACAAUACCAAACGGUUAAUGGGGAAAGAAGCACGAUUCAACUGGAACAGCAAGAAGCAAUUGAUGAAUGGAUUGAUUUAUCAUUUAAAGAUAACGAAUAUCCUCUAAAACGAGAAUUAUACAAGAAGCAUUAUACUCCUUGUAGAGCUUGUCUUAAUUGUGGCGGAGUAAUACUUUUCCGUGGACGUGGUAAAAAGUCCUCAGCAAAGACAAAAGGCAUGAAGUCUUAUCAUCGCAAGGAUUGGCAAGAUGAAUUCAAUCUAUAG